AUGAAGGUUGACUUCAAGAGCAUCUUCCCAGCGAUAACUGCCUUCAUCGCGUUCAUCCUCACGCUGCUGUGUCUCUUCGCGGGAUCUCAGAAGGCUCUCUUGGAUAAUGCGGAUCUCCUCACGCUGUACACCCCCGAAGGCAACUCGGACACGACCCACAACUUCUAUUCCGUCCAUGUCAUGUCAUACUGCCAAGGCGUCCUGGGCACGGUGGACGCCGGUGAGACGAGCGUUGCACGCAACGUGACCGAGUGCUCGAGCCGCACGCUUCUGUUUGCUUUCAACCCGACCGAUGCUUGGCCCGAGGAGAUCACCCACGGACCGACGCUAGAGUGGCCGCGGGUGAUCAGCGACGACUUCAACGCUUUCAGUUUCACCAGCCGAUCCAUGGCAGUUUUCUAUAUUAUCGGAGUAGGUGCAAUCGGAUUUGCUUUGGUGUCUCGCUUGUCGUCGGUCAUCACUCGCAAAGCACAGACGGGUCCAUUUGAGUUUGGGUUCAUGGUGCUCGGUGCGUUGAGUAUCAGCAUCGCGUCCAUCAUCGCGACGGUGAUUGCCUUUGAGUUCGUCGCGCUGAUCAACGCGCACGGCGAUGGUUCGGACGUGUCAGCACAGUACGGCGAGAAGUUCCUCGGGAUGACCUGGGCUUCGACGGCGUUGCUGCUAGUAGGAAGUAUCAGCUGUUUCGUCAAUGUCUUUGUCCGAGGCUAUGAAGAGCAGGAGCCGGCAAUGCCCGCCGGGAAAGAUGAGGAGGAGGGCUGA